GUCUUUCAUACCGUAAUAGCCGCAUAUCCCUGUAAUCCUACUCGUAUUGGUGGCCAGCGGCUGUUCACCUUACUACUACCAUCAACACCACACUAAUUCGCAACUUAGUAAACCAGAAAGACUUGUUGAUUACCUGUUUUUAGAUUUUUUUUGCUGUUUUUUUUUCUGUUCUUCUUUUUAAUUUACGUGGAUUUAACGGCUCAACAGAUUUAUUUUUUGUGUUAUUUUUUUUCCCUUAUUUUCUAAUACGACCUGCAUGAAUAAUGUCUAAGAAAUCAAACUCUAGAUUUUCAACUCGCAGAAAUGUUCGCUUUCGAGGCUUUAAAGGUUUUGCAGCUCGAGAGUCUUUGUAUACCGAUUCUUCAUCUCGGAUAAGUUCGUGGAACAGACUUGAAUUUGUGAAAGCCAAACACGUAUUCAAUCCGAAUGACCUACUGACUGGAUUGGUUUCAACAUCAUCUCAGUCUUCCCUAUUGUCUGAUAAGAAGCCUUUGGCCACAUCGACACCUUUUUCCUCUACAAGUGCCAUGUCUACCCUGAAUAAUGUUAUGAACGAACCAAAUGAUUUCUCCAAUAACCUUGGUGACGACGAGGAAGUGUCUACUCGGCCCGUAUCCGAACAAGGUGAUUCCGAAGAUAGUCUCAAGAGGCGUUCUGAGCAGCAGCUUGAGAACUCUACUCUAAUGGAAAUUUCUGAGGUGCCAUCGAAUGGCAGCAACGAAGAACAAAGUGCUUCAGACAGUGAAGAGGAGAUUUUAUUCGUUCCCAUUGGUGCAACUCUUACUGCAAACAAUAUGAACAAUGCCAACGAUUCAUCCGCUGUCACGAUAGAACCCCCCUCUACAAUUGACACUGUUACCCACUCUCUCGAGGACUGUCAUGUGGCUAAUGACACUACACCCGAGUCCACUGUAGUUGAAGACCAGACCCAGUCAAAAGCAGCAUUAACCGUGCCCAUUUUAGACAACGAUGCUUCAGGCUCGACAACACCUCAGUUAUUCCUUGACGCCGAAUCCGUACUGUCAACGGAGGCUACUGCUGAGGAGGAUGAGUUCAAGAAUGGGGUGAGUGCUGUCAGUUCUUCCGCUUCUCUAGUUCAAGAAGAAGUGUCAGCUGUUUCUUCCUCCCUUACCAUUCCAAGCGAAACGGAUGAGGAAAUUGAAUCUUCAAUGGUUGACCAUGAACUAGAAUCCACUGAGGAUGAUACGGAAGUGGACGAUACAGUGGAUAAUAAUGUCAGUGUUAAUGAAGAUGACACGCGAAGUGCACACGAAGAAGGUGUGCCCUCUUCUAAUGAUUUUGCUCAGCAUUCUACUACUUCUGUCACCUCUCCCGCACCCCUUCUCUCCCCCUCCUUGUCCGACGAUGAAGAAGAUGAGGAGGAGGAGCCACUAGAAUACUCUUACAGUGAGCUUGCUAAUGAAGACGCUGAUGAUGGAUCUCCAAAUGUGCUGAAUGAAGAAUUUGAAUUCAUUCUCAAUGAGUCCAUAGACGGCGAAACAGCUUCGGAGAAUUCGGAAGACGAGUCUUUCAGUGGCAACCGUUUCGCAGCUCUCCAGAAUGACUUUACCGUGUAUGAUUACUUUGAUAACUACGAGCCCAAUGGCUCUGCCAUCGGUGCAGCCGAAUCUUCGGUGGACGAAGAAGAGGAGCCUGUUCCGGUGACAAAGAUGAAUCGAAAACAACGCAAGCUGUUAUUAAGACAGGCUCGUAAAGACAAGAAAAAGGCCAUCAAAUCAGCAACGAUUUCCGGCAACUACGAUUUCGAUGAUGAUGAUCUUGAGGAGGUGCUAAACUACGAACAUCUUCAAGAACAAUGGCUGAAGGAUCGUAGCAAAAAGGCGGGUCGACGUCGUGAGCGAGAAUUACUUCGUGCCGAAGGUUUGCUUGGGAAGAAGAAGAAGAAUAAGAAGAUCAACAAGAAGUUGGCUAAGGCCGGCGACGCACUUGUUUCAGCCAAUGGUGCUUCGUAUCUGCGCAAUCCUUCCGCUUUUUAUUUGGAAAUACAUAAAAAAAUUAAGGAGUUUUUGGUUUCUGACAAACAGGAGAUUUCCUUCCCGCCAAUGCCAAAAAAGCUGCGCAAGGAUAUCCAUAACUUGGCAUAUCAGUUCGCCCUCAAAUCUUCUAGUCAAGGACAAGGCCAGCAACGUUUCCUUUCGCUGUACAAGACACGUGCAACUGGAUUCAUUGACACUACCGUUGUUCAGUCAAUGGAGUUUUCCUCCAAGACUACUCGUCUUCUGCGCAAGUCUGCCUCUACAGCAAAGGUCUUUGAGGGUCAGAUUGUUGGUGAGAAUGCGCCUGAAAUUAGCCAAGGAAAUCGUGGACGACGUUUGCUGGAAGGAAUGGGCUGGGAUGCUGGACGUGGUUUAGGCACAGCUGAGAAUGAGGGUGUGCGUUCUCAUCUCCAGGCUGUUGUUAAACUUUCUCGUUUUGGUCUUGGUGUUUAAUCUAAUCGCUGAUAUGACUUUUUGUUGAGUGUCUUCUUCCUACUAAUGUCGCUAAUGCUUCAACCUGUUUCCUAUUGCUUCACUUUUUCCCCUUUUCUGUUUUAUGGCCUUUACGUUAACGAUGCCGGACGCCUUUGUCUGCGUCCCCUGUUUUACGUUCGUUUUCACCGGACCGUCGCAGACGUUUUCGUUCCGUUCCGCGACAUAAUUUACUAUCAAAUUACACUUCCAAUCAUUAUUAGUUUCGUAAAUACAAUUGACACAAGUGUGGAUCUUCCACCACCUCAGCUCACCCAUA